AUGAAGGACAUUUACUGGCUCAUUCUGAAACUUGUCAAUUUUGCAACUGUUGGCUGCAUAUGGAUUUCUGUGGUACAGUGUACAGUCUUAAACGGCUGCCUCAAGUCAUGUGUAAUUAAUCUGGGCAGGCAGUAUGACAUUGGGACACCAUAUAAUCUGAGUGAACCGUGCAUCCAAGGAUGUCAUUUUUGGAACUCUGCUGAUCAGGAAAAUUGUGCAUUAAAGUGUCGAGAAUCCUGUGAGGUCGGCUGCAGCAGUGCAGAAGGCGCAUACGAAGAGGAAGUACUAGAAAAUGCAGACCUUCCCACUCCACCCUUUGCUUCUUCCAUUGGAAACCACAGUGUGACAUUAGGAUGGAAAUCUGCCAAUAUUUCAGGAGUAAAAUACAUCAUUCAGUGGAAAUACACGCAACUUCCAGGAAGCUGGACUUAUACUGAGGCAGUGUCCAAGCUCACAUAUGUGGUACAGCCCCUCCAUCCCUUUACUGAAUAUGUUUUCCGAGUGGUUUGGAUCUUCACGGCCCAGCUGCAGUUGUAUUCUCCUGCAAGUCCUAGUUACAGAACUCAUCCUUAUGGAGUUCCUGAAACGGCUCCUCUCAUCAGAAAUAUUGAAAGCUCCAGUCCUGAUACUGUGGAAGUCAGCUGGGCUCCACCCCAGUUCCCAGGUGGACCUAUUUUGGGCUAUAACUUAAGGCUAACCAGCAAAAAUCAGAAAUUAGAUUCAGGGACACAGAGAACCAGCUUCCAGUUUUACUCAACUCUACCAAGUACCACCUACAGGUUUUCUAUUGCAGCAGUAAAUGAAGUUGGUGAGGGGCCGGAAGCAGAAUCUAAUAUUACUACUUCAUCCCCAGCAGUUCAAGCAGAAGAGCAGUGGCUCUUUUUAUCCAGAAAAACAUCUCUAAGAAAAAGAUCUUUAAAAUAUUUAGUAGAUGAAGCACAUUGCCUUCAGUCAGAUAUUAUACUCCGUAAUAUUACAGGAAUAUCAGUUAAUGUCCACCAGCAAGUUAUUUAUUUCUCUGAAGGAAAUCUCAUAUGGGUGAAAGAGGCUGCCAACAUGUCUGAUGUGUCUGACCUAAGAAUUUUUUACAGAGGUUCAGGCUUAAUUUCUUCCAUCUCCAUAGACUGGCUUUAUCAGAGACUGUAUUUCAUCGUGGAUGAACUGGUGUGUGUCUGUGAUUUAGAGAACUGCUCAACCGUUGAGGAGAUUACUCCUCCCUCUAUUGUCGCACCUCAAAAAAUUGUAGCUGAUUCGUACAAUGGGUAUGUCUUUUAUCUCCUGAGAGACGGCAUUUAUAGAGUACAUCUCCCAGUGCCAUCUGGUCAGGACUCUGAAGCAGUGCGGAUUGUGGAGAGUUGCACAUUAAAGGACUUUGUAGUAAAGCCACAGUCCAAGAGAAUCAUUUACUUCAAUGACACCGCCCAUGCCUUCAUGUCAACAUUUCUGGAUGGCUCUGCUUCCCACCUUGUCCUACCUCAUGUCUCCUUGGCUGAUGUGAAGAGCUUUGCUUGUGAAAACAGUGACUUCCUUGUCACAGAUGGCAAAGCCGUUUUCCAACAGGACUCUCUAUCUUUUAACGAAUUCAUCGUAGGGUGUGACCUGAGUCACAUAGAAGAAUUUGGAUUUGGUAACCUGGUCAUCUUUGGCUCAUCUACCCAGCUCCACCCUCUGCCAGGCCGGCCUCAGCAGCUUUCAGUGCUGUUUGGCUCUCACCAGGCCCUUGUUCAAUGGAGGCCUCCUGCCCUCGCCAUAGGAGCCAAUAUCAUCCUAGUCCAUAAUAUUGUAUAAUUCUUCCAAUUAGGCCCGUCCGCCUGGCAGAAAUGGACUUAUGAGGUGAAAGUAUCAACCCAAGACCCCCCUGAAACCACUCGUUUUUUCUCUAACAUAAGUGGGACCAUGCUUAAUGUACCUGAGCUGCAGAGUGCUACGAAAUACAAGGUUGCUGUGAGAGCAAGUUCUCUCAAGGGGCCUGGCCCCUGGUCAGAGCCCUUGGUGGGUACUACCCUGGUGCCAGCAACCGAACCACCAUUUAUUGUGGCUGUGAAAGAAGAUGGUCUUUGGAGUAAGCCAUUAAAUAGCUUUGGCCCAGGAGAAUUCUUGUCUUCUGAUAUAGGAAAUGUGUCAGACAUGGAUUGGUAUAACAACAGCCUCUACUACAGUGACAUGAAAGGCAACAUUUACGUGUGGCUGCUAAAUGGGACGGAUAUCUCAGAGAAUUACCCCAUACCCAACAUUGCAGGAGCAGGGGCUUUAGCUUUUGAGUGGCUGGGUCACUAUCUCUACUGGGCUGGAAAGACAUAUGUGAUACAGAGACAGUCUCUGUUGACAGGACAUACAGACACUGUGACUCAUGUCAAGCUGUUAGUGAAUGACAUGGUGGUGGAUUCAGUUGGUGGCUAUCUCUACUGGACCACGCUAUACUCAGUUGAAAGCACCAGACUAAAUGGGGAAAGUUCACUUACACUACAGGCACAGACUUGGCUUUCUGGGAAAAAGGUAAUUGCUCUAACUUUAGACUUCGGUGAUGGGCUCCUGUAUUGGUUGGUUCAAGACAGUGAGUGUAUUCACCUGUACACAGCUGUUCUUCGGGGACAGAGCGUUGGUGAGACCACCAUCACGGAAUUUGCAGCCUGGAGUACUUCUGAAAUUUCCCAGAAUGCACUGAUGUACUAUAGUGGUCGACUUUUCUGGAUUAAUGGUGUUAGGAUUAUCACAGCUCAGGAAAUAGGUCAGAGAACCAGUGUCUCUAUUUUGGAACCAGCCAAAUUUAAUCAGUUCACAAUUAUUCAGACAUCUCUCAAGCCUCUACCAGGGAACUUUUCCUUUACCCCUAAGGUUAUUCCAGAUUCUGUUCAAGAAUCUUCAUUUAGGAUUGAAGGAAAUGCUUCAAGCUUUCAGAUCCUGUGGGAUGCUCCACCUGCGGUGGACUGGGGUAUAAUUUUCUACAGUGUGGAGUUUAGCGCUCAUUCUAAGUUUCUGGCUAGUGAACAGCAGCCUUUGCCCGUGUUUACUGUGGAAGGGCUGGAGCCCUACACCUUGUUGAAUCUUUCUGUCACUCCUUAUACCUACUGGGGAAAGGGCCCUAAAACAUCUCUAUCACUUCGAGCACCUGAAGCAGUUCCAUCAGCACCAGAGAAUCCCAGAAUAUUUGUAUUACCAAGUGGAAAAUACAGUAACAAGAAUGAAGUUCUGGUGGAAUUUAGGUGGAAUAAACCUAAGCAUGAAAAUGGUGUGUUAACAAGAUUUGAAAUUUUCUAUCAAAUAUCCAAUCAGAGUGACACAAACAAAAUAUUCAAAGACUGGAUUGCUGUCAGUGUCACUUCUUCCAUGAUGUCUUUUCAACUGGAGGGCAUGAGACCUGAGUCCAUGGUUUGCUUCCAGGUUCAAGCCUUCACAUCUGAAGGGCCGGGACCAUUUUCUGACAUAGCAAAGUCCAAUACAUCAGCAAUCAACCCUUUUCCAUACCUCAUAACUCUUUUUGGCAACAAGAUACAUUUUUUAGAUAUGGAUCGAAAUCAAGUCAUGUGGACAUUUUCAUCAGAAAGAAACAUCAGUGCCAUGGGCUACACAGCUGAUAAUGAGAUGGGAUAUUAUGCCCAAGGAGAUUCUCUCUUCUUUCUGAACAUGCACAAUCUUUCCAGAUCUGAGAUGUUCCGAGAUGCACUGGUUUUUGAUAUCACAGUUAUUACAGUUGACUGGAUUUCAAGGCACCUCUACUUUGCACUGAAAGAAUCACAAAAUGGAAUGCAAAUAUUUGAUGUUGAUCUUGAACACAAGGUGAAAUAUCCCAGAGUUCUGAAGAUUUGCAACAGGAAUUCAACAAUAAUCUCUUUUUCUGUCUACCCUUUCUUAAGUCGCCUGUAUUGGACAGAAGUUUCCAAUUUUGGCUGUCAGAUAUUCUACUACAGUAUUAGCAACCACACCUUGCACCACAUUCUGCAACCCACAGCCACAAACUAUCAGAAUGGAACGAGCCAAUGUUCUUGCAAUGUGACUGAAUUUGAGUUAAGUGGAGCCAUGACUAUUGAUAGCUCUGACCUAAAGCAACCAUGCAUAUACUUUGUCAAAGGGCAAGCGAUCUGGGCCAUGGAUCUGGAAGGAUGUCAGUGUUGGAGAGUUAUCAUGGUGCCUGCUAUGCUUGGAAAAACUCUUGUUAGUUUAACUGUGGAUGGGAAAUUUAUAUAUUGGAUUGUCACAGCAAAGGACAGCACACAGAUUUAUCAAGCGAAGAAAAGAAAUGGGGCCAUCCCCUUCCAGGUGAAGGCUCCAAGGAGUAAGCAUAUCUUGACUUACAGUCCAGUUAUGCAGCCUUUUCCAGAUGAAGCAUUUCUGUCUCUAGCUUCAAAUAUUGAGGAACCAACUAUACUCAACGUCACUAACACCAGCCUCACAAUCAGGUUACCAGCUGCCAAAACAAACCUCACAUGGUAUGGCAUUACCAGCCCUACUCCAACAUACCUGGUAUAUUACAGAGAAGUUAACAGAAGGAAAAACAGCUCUGACCAGAAAUGUAUAAUGCUGGAAUUUCAGGAGAGUAUAGCUCUUAUUGAAGGAUUACAACCAUUUUCAACAUAUAUGAUACAGAUAGCUGUAAAGAAUUAUUAUUCAGAUUCUUUGGAACAAUUACCUCUGGGAAAAGAGAUUUGGGGAAAAACUAAAAGUGGAGUCCCAGAAGCAGUUUGUCUCAUUAACACAACCAUGCGGUCAGACACCAGUCUCAUUAUUUCCUGGGGAGAAUCUCUCAAGCCAAAUGGACCUAAAGAGUCAGUCCGUUAUCAGCUGGCAAUCUCACACCUACCCCUAAUUCCUGAAACUCCUCUAAGACAAAGUGAAUUUCCGAAUGGAAGGCUCUCUCUCCUUGUCAAUGAACUGUCUGGUGGAAAACGUUAUGUGUUAAAGGUUUUGGCCUGCCACCCCGAGGAAAUGUGGUGUGCUGAGAGUCAUCCUGUCACUGUUGAAACGUUCGACACACCUGAGAAGCCUUACUCCUUGGUGCCAGAGAACACUAGUUUGCAGUUAGAUUGGAAGGCUCCAUCUAAUGUUAACCUCAUCAGAUUUUGGUUCGAACUCCAGAAGUGGAAAUACAAUGAGUUUUGCCAUGUGAAAGCUUCAUGCAGCCAAGGUCCUGUGUAUGUCUGCAAUAUCACAGGUCUACAACCUUAUACUUCCUAUAAUAUCCGAGUAGUGGUGGUUUAUAUAACAGGGGAAAACAGCACCUCACUUCCAGAAAGCUUUAAGACAAAAGCUGGAGUCCCAAGUAAACCAGGCAUUCCAAAAUUAUUAGAAGGGAGUAAAAAUUCAAUACAGUGGGAAAAAGCUGAAGAUAAUGGAAGCAGACUUAUGUACUACAUCCUCCAGAUCAGAAAGAGCACUUCAAAAGAUUCACAGAACCAUAAUGUAAAGUGGAAGGUGGUAUUUAAUGGAUCCUGCAAUAGCAUUUGCACAUGGAAAUCCAAAAACCUGAAAGGAACAUUUCAAUUCAGAGUAGUAGCUGCAAAUAAUCUGGGGUUUGGCAAAUAUAGUGGAAUCAGUGAGAAUAUUAUAUUAGUUGGAGAUGCUUUUUGGCUACCAGAAACCAGCUUUAUACUUGCUAUUAUAGUUGGAAUAUUUCUGAUUCUUACAAUCCCAUUGUCCUUUGUCUGGCAUACAAGAUUAAAGAAUCUAAAAUCUUCCAAGGAAGGGCUGAUAGUUCCCGACAACGAAGACAAAGAGUUGGCUGAGCUGCGAGGUGUGGCAGCUGGAGUAGGACUGGCUAAUGCCUGCUAUGCGAUACAUACUCUUCCGACCCAAGAUGAGAUUGAAAGUCUUCCUACCUUUCCUCGGGAAAAACUGACUCUGCGUCUCUUGCUGGGAAGUGGAGCCUUUGGAGAAGUGUAUGAAGGGACAGCAGUCGAUAUCUUAGGAGUUGGAAGUGGAGAAACCAAAGUGGCAGUGAAGACUUUAAAGAAAGGCUCCACUGACCAGGAGAAGAUUGAAUUCCUGAAGGAGGCACAUCUGAUGAGCAAGUUUAAUCAUCCAAACAUUCUGAAGCAGCUUGGAGUUUGUCUGCUGAACGAACCUCAGUACAUUAUUCUGGAACUGAUGGAAGGAGGAGACCUUCUCACAUAUUUACGGAAAGCACGGAUGACAACGUUUCAUGGUCCUUUACUCACCUUGGUUGACCUUGUAGACCUAUGUGUAGAUAUUUCAAAAGGUUGUGUCUACCUGGAGCAGAUGCACUUCAUUCACAGGGAUCUGGCAGCUCGGAAUUGCCUUGUCUCUGUGAAAGACUAUACAAGUCCGUCACGGAUAGUGAAGAUUGGGGACUUCGGACUCGCGAGGGACAUCUAUAAAAAUGAUUACUAUAGAAAGAGAGGAGAAGGCCUGCUGCCUGUUCGCUGGAUGGCUCCAGAAAGUUUGAUGGAUGGAAUCUUCACUACUCAAUCUGAUGUAUGGUCUUUCGGAAUUUUGAUUUGGGAAAUUUUAACGCUUGGUCAUCAGCCUUAUCCAGCUCACUCCAACCUUGAUGUUUUAAACUACGUGCAGACAGGAGGGAGACUGGAGUCACCAAGAAAUUGUCCUGAUGAUCUGUGGGAUUUAAUGACCCAGUGCUGGGCUCAAGAACCUGAACAAAGGCCUACUUUUCAUAAAAUUCAAGACCAGCUUCAGUUAUUCAAGAAUUUCUCCUUAAAUAAUAUUUCCCAAUGCCGUGAUGAAGCAAACACCAGUGGAGUCAUAAAUGAAGGCUUUGAAGAUGAAGAUGACAACAUGAUUUGUUUGAAUUCAGAGGACGUUAUGCCAGUUGCUCUAAUGGAAACCAAAAACCAAGAAGGUUUAAACUAUAUGGUACUAGCUACAGAAUGCAGCCAAGGUGAACAAAAUUCAGAGGGUCCUCUAGGCUCCAAGGAAUCUGAAUCUUGUGGUCUGAGGAAAGAAGAGAAGGAACCACAUGCAGACAAAGAUAACUGCCAAGAAAAACAAGUGGCUUACUGCCCUUCUGGCAAGCCAGAAGGCCUGAACUAUGCCUGUCUCACUCACAGUGGCUGUGGAGAUGGGUCUGAUUAAUGGCUCUGGUUGGGAAAUACAGAGCUGAGAUAAACACUCCCAUUAACUAGUUACUGAGCAAAACCCCUAGUAGAAUGAUAGAUGUUGUGGUGGUCUAUGACUCCAAAUUAA